AUGUUUUCAACCCCGGAAUACUCAGUGUCACCAACUCCCAUACAUCAGCUUGGGUGGAACAGGGCGCGGUCCGCCUACUCGUCCGCAUACGCAGCCAGGCAAGUCACUGGUGCAGGCGAAUGGUCUCCUUCACAGCCUGGCCUCCUUCCAUACACCGUGACGCGCUCGUCUCCGCCGGAUGGACACUCGCCUUCUCUUCCGACGUACCUCUCAGUGCAUCCCAGUGCCCGUGAGAAUACGCCGUCGACGCUGGAUUCAUCUAGCGCUUUUGCUUCGGUGGCUCUCCGUUCACCGCCUGAAUCGAUGGCGCAGCUGGGACAACUCAUGUCUACGCAUACGUAUUCCGAAACUGCGAUACAUCAAUCAUACCUUCCAAAAAACCAAGGAUACGGCACUUCAACUCCGGCUCCUCUGGAGGCUCUGCAUCCCCCUGCUCUCGACAAUCAGGUACAGCCCCCGCCGUCACUCGAGCAGACACCAAGUUCAAGUCCCAGUGGAUGGCCGCAAGAUAUGAUGCCUGAUCCAUCCCCACAAAACAACGGUGUAUAUCUCGCAAAAGGAGAGAAUGUGAUGAUGAACGAGUGGAGCUGUGCAUCGACGUCGAAGCGAGGGUCUCUAGAUGGGGCGCAGGAGGGCGCCGGCGGUUUCGAUACCGCUGUCGCCGAAGGCACGGCGUACACUGAGUCAAGCAUGAACUCUCGAGACGGUGAAUACGAGAAGGGUCUUGGGCGAGCGGUUCCACCUUGGCGGGUAGCCGAAUACAUGAGAUUGGCGUAG